AGGAAAGCGGAAAGGGGGUUAGCGAGCUCGCGGCUCGCCGUGGACUGGGUCUGGUAAGCGGAGGAUCGCCGUGGCCGGACGACAGGGUGUCGAGACGAGAAUGAAAGACGGUGGCAACUCAGACGACUGGUGGCGGCGUUAGACCUUGAAGCAAGGCCUUUAAGCAGGGACUCCGGGUGGAGGUGGUGAUGGUGUGGGAGCGAAACCGGAAAUAGGAAACUACAACUCCCAGACGGCAUCGGGGUUUCGGGCCCGGUUUCCUUAGCCGCGAAGCCUGAUGGGACUGGUAGUUUUACGAACGCCUUGAUCUAGCGGUUUGAGGGAGUUGGAAGUGUCCAAGCCUGGAGCAGCCAAAGCAGGAGGGAGAUGGAGCUGGAACAGCGAGAAGGGACCAUGGCAGCCGUGGGCUUUGAGGAGUUCUCAGCGCCGCCAGGCUCGGAGUUGGCGCUGCCACCGCUGUUUGGCGGCCACAUCCUGGAGAGCGAGCUAGAAACCGAAGUGGAGUUUGUGUCCGGUGGUCUGGGCGGCUCGGGGCUCCGGGAGCGGGAUGAAGAGGAAGAGGCAGCUCGGGGCCGGCGGCGGCGCCAGCGGGAACUAAAUCGCAGGAAGUACCAGGCCCUGGGUCGGCGCUGCCGGGAGAUCGAGCAGGUGAACGAGCGUGUCUUGAACAGACUCCAUCAGGUACAGAGGAUAACACGGAGACUUCAGCAGGAACGGAGGUUCCUCAUGCGAGUGCUGGACUCCUAUGGGGAUGACUACCGGGCCAGCCAGUUCACCAUCAUGCUAGAGGACGAGGGCAGCCAGGGCACUGAUGCCCCCACCCCGGGCAAUGCUGAAAACGAGCCUCCAGAGAAAGAGGGACUGUCCCCACCCAGAAGGACCCCGGCACCCCCUGAGCCCAGCAGCCCGGCUGCUGGGGAGGGGCCCAGUGGACGGAAGAGGCGGCGUGCACCCCGGGAUGGACGCCGGGGAGCAGGAACUGCAUUGACCCCAGAGCUGGCUCCGGUGCAGAUUAAGGUUGAGGAAGACUUUGGCUUCGAAGCGGAUGAGGCCCUGGAUUCGAGUUGGGUGUCUCGCGGGCCAGACAAACUGCUGCCCUACCCUACCCUGGCCAGCCCUCCCUUCGACUGACCCACCCCCCAAUAAACUGACCCC